CAUUUCUUUUGUUUUAUUCUCUCAUUUGAAGUGUUAAUUAAGCUUAAUCAGGUUUACUUCGAGUUUUUUUUGUAAUAAAUUAACUUGAAGUUGCUUGGUAUGCUUUUUUUUUUUUUUAAAAAACAAAAAAUUAGAGUUUUUAUGUUUCAAGUGUUAAUUAAGCCUAAGCAAGUCAGUUUCGGCAUAGAAUUUAAUGCACUCGGUUUUAGCUUCAUCAUUAACUCACUUUGUAUGGAGCUUUCUUUGUUGCUGAGGAUGUAGGAAAAAUAUUCUUAUUUUUAAUUUCUUUUGAGUAAACACCCAACCAUUGCAGAAGCCAAUGAGCUGAAUUAAGCGCAGUCUCUUUGGGGCUAUUUCCUUGGUAUAAAGUCUGAUUAAAUUUUAACUCUCCAGAAUUUAUAUCUUUUUUCUUUUUCUCUAUUUUAUCUGCCGUAGUUUGAGCAAAUAAAAUUAUCACCAUUAGCUUUCUGGUCUUCCGAUUGUUGAUUUUUCUGGGUUGCCUUUUAGCAACCUUCUUUUUUAAAUUUGGCAGAUUUCUUAUGUUUGACAUGGAUUCUUAUGACUUGAAGCUUUAAUUCAACUUCAUGGGUAAUUUAGCCUGUUCUGCUGCAUUGCUACUUUGAGUUUUGUUGGUGGGUGUGUAUCAGUGGAAGUGGAUGGAGAGUCCCGAGCUUUUGGAGACAUCAAUCCAUUUGGAUGCCAGUCUCAGUUCAUGCAACAGUGGUACAUUCAAGUAUAGUGAAACUGUUGAGGAGAAUGAGAAUCUGGGUGUGGACAUCCUUAACGACUUGGACACAUAUUGGGAAGAUAUAAAGGACCGGUUGGUCGUGUCAAGAAUAGUGAGUGAUUCGGUUGUCAAGGGUAUGAUAUCUGCUGUUGAACAGGAGGCAGCAGAAAAGAUUGCUCAGAAAGAAUCAGAGUUGGAUAAAUUAAAAGAAACACUACAUCUUUACCAUGUGGGUACAGAUGAAAAUGGAUCCAUGAGGCACUCAAUGAUAUGCCAUGAACCAAAAAGCAGAAAAUAUUCUCUUCAUUCCACCCAUUCAAAUGGCAUGUUAGAUCAUGAGAAGUUACAAGAUAUUGGCAACCUUAAAUUUGCAGCUAAAGACCAGUUUAAAAAGCUCAAGAAAGAAAUUGACAAGAUUAGGAAGGGUUCAGGUUCUUUGGGAUUGAGUGGUAUUCUACAGGAUAACAUGUCUGACAAAUGGAUUGACGUGGAUAGGGCGCUUGAUAGUCUUAGAACUACUUUGGAAUCUACAUAUGUACAUGCAGAAGAUAUGGUUUACUUGUCCAAGUCAUUGGUCUGUGACUGUCAGCAGGAGAGAGAAUUUCAGGCAGAAAUUGAGGGAAUAGUGAUCAAGAAUUGUAUUCAGAGUGUUCAAGAAGACUUUGAACAGAGAUUAUGGGAUCUAAAUGCUAGAUCUUAUGGUAAUGAAAGUGUAAAUUGGCUUGAAAAGAUCAAAGAGAUUUCAAGUUUACGUCAGGAAUUAGAUGCCAUCUCUAAAUCGUUGGCUGUUCAUGAAAGUGGGCAUUUAAUUUCACAUGGUUCCUUGGAGCACCGAAAGCCUUCAGUUAAUCAUGUUUCAUCUUCUUCACUUAGGGAAGGAAAUGGCAAACAUGACGAGUCAACAACUGUUGUUCCAGAAAAUAUGGAUUAUGCGCAACUAAAGCACUUCUCGAAGGAAGAAUUAUUUCAUUAUUGCAAGGCUGAGAUGACUAAGAUGAAAAGAGACCAUGAGUUAAAAGUGCAACAAAUGACUGAAGAAUAUUUCAGUUUAAAGAGGGAGUACUUGAAGGAAAGAGGUUCUUCUUUGCCAGUGAGGAAGGAUAAGGAAUUUGAUUCAUUGAGGAAAAAGAUCCCAGAGGUCAUUCUAAAACUGGAUGACAUCCUUAUGGAAAAUGAGAAACUGCCUUCAUUCACUAACAAUGGAGAUUGUCUGAAUAGUUUGAAGGAUAGACUGGAAUCACUUAGUUCAGAAAAUCGUCAUCUAAGGGACUUGCUCAUGGAUAAGAGAAAGGAAAUUAAAUGCCUUUCCUCACAAGUUUCUGAUGCUGCUGAGAAAAUUCUAGAACACUCUUUGGCUGAGGAAAAGUUGUCAAGAAUGCUUGAAGAUCUUAAAUGUGUUAUAGAAGAUGCAAAUAUUGAAGCUUCAAUCAGUGAUGAUCUAUAUCAAUUCCUUGUCAAGGAGGUGGUCAGCCAAAUGAAAAGCUUCAUACAAGAAUUAAAUAUGGAGCAUGACAUCAUUGAUGGAAUUUAUGAAAUCAUAUUUAAAGAAGCUACUCACGAUAAUGAGCCUAGUGGUAAUUUAGAGAUUGAAGAUUCAGUUAUAGAGUCCAUUAUCACGCAAGGAAUAUGUGAGGUUAUUUUCAGAGAAUCCUUCAAGGAAGCUGAGGAGAAAGUUGGGACCUGGAACCUGAAAUAUAUUAAUGAAAAUAAACUCCGACUGUCCCUUGAGAUGCAAGCAUCGGAAAAAGAAAGGGAAUUGAGAUUGAAUAUUUCAGAGAGAGAAAAAUUGGAGCAAAAGGUGCCCUUACUAACAAAAGUGAUAGAAGACAAGGAGAGUUUGGUUCAAGAAACAACAGAUGCAUUGGCAAAGGAGAAGGAGAAAUUUGAGUUACUUUCUCAAGAGCUUGGUGAUUUAAGGUUUCAGAUAACUCAACAGCAGAUUUCUAUUUCAAAAAAUAACGAAGAAUUACAAUUUGUCAAAGGUGAUCUGAUUAAAGCAUUGGAGAUGAUUGAAAUGGAUAAAGGGGUGAUCUCGAAGUUGAGAGAGCAGCUUGAGAUAGCAACAAAAAAGUUAAGAGAAGUUGAUGAGGAGAAAAGUAUGCUUCUAUCAAUUUCCCAACAGCAGCAGAAUACCUUGUCAUUGGUUGAGACAAGAGAAAGAGAACAUAGGAAGCAAAUUAAUUCAAUUAUCGUUCUUAUCCAAGGGUUGUCAAAAGCAGUUAAUGAUUUUGAAUACAGGGCAACUGAAGAUAUUAAAAUGAAUAGCUUCAGGUUGGAAACUUUGAGCUCUCAACUGAGUUCUCUCAUGCAGAAAGCUAAUACACUUAGAAAGACAGAGUUGCUAAACAAGCAGAGGCUAGAAAAGAGGUGUUCAGACCUUGAAAAGGCUGAAGCUGAGGUUGAUCUUUUAGGUGACGAGGUGGAUGCUCUUUUAAGCCUUCUUGAAAAAAUAUACAUAGCCCUGGAUCAUUAUUCUCCGAUAUUGCAACACUAUCCUGGAAUUAUGGAAAUUCUGAAGUUGGUUAGAAGAGAAUUAAGUGGAGAAUCUGUUAAACCAAUUUGAUCUACUUUUUGACGAAGUUAGUUCUGCUGCAGAAUCUUCCACUGCUACAGCAUAGCAGGAAGACUUGUUUCCAAGUAAGUCAAUGCCCUAUAAAACACUGUUGCCACAAAUUUUUGAAAGGUUCAGCCAGAGAAGAUAUUAUCAUUCGCCUGUCUUUUUGGUCCUAUAUAUAAAGGGGGUUGAUAUGUUGCAGCAAUACUGCAAGUCCAAGGCAUUUUGUUAGUUUUGGAGCUGCUAGCAUCAACGAACCACGAUCAUUAGAUUUUUCUUUUUUGUUACACUUGAGUUGCUUGUGUAGAUAAGGAGCAGCAAAUUGGCAUUUUUUACUGUAUUAAGUUUUGUCCUUUAUAUGGUAUAGGUUUACCUUAUCAUGUAUAGAAUUUUCCUCGGUUCUCUAUCAAAGGGAAAAAAAAACUUACAUUGCAAAUUAGCAGUAAGAAGAAAAAAGAAAAUCUUCUAAAUUAAAUUCCGAGCUGCUUUUAUUUUUCCUUU